AUGCCUGCAUUUACCUCCAAAGACAUCCCGGACCUCACCGGCAAGGUCAUCAUCGUGACGGGAGGCAACGUCGGCCUCGGUCUUGAGACAGUGCGACAACUUGGCGAGCAUAAUCCAGCAUGCAUCUACCUCGCCGCCCGAUCGAGAGAUAAAGCCCAGGCAGCGAUCGAGAGCCUCCGACAAAAGAACCCCAAUAUCAGCCCCAUCGCUUUCUUACAACUAGACCUCUCGUCAUUUGAUAGCGUCAAAGCCGCAGCCGCAGAAUUCACGAGCAAAGAGUCGCGACUCGAUAUUCUUGUGAACAACGCAGGCAUCAUGAUGACGCCCGAGGGUCUCACGAAAGAAGGCUAUGAGAUACAAUUCGGAACUAACGUCAUGGGACCGGCGUUGUUCACCCAACUCCUCCUGCCAACACUCCGGAAUACGGUCAAGACGGCUGGACACGCGCGAGUGGCGAUGCUCGCCUCAGCUGCCCACUCCCAAGCUCCAAACGAUAGCUACCCAUUUGAUGAGUUGAAGACGGAGAUGCAACACCGACACACGACGGCUAGAUAUACCAUGUCUAAGCUCGCGGAUAUUCAAUACGCCAAAGCACUGAGCGAGCGCGAAAAGCAGGUGGAAAUAGUUCCGGUUCAUCCCGGUAUGGUAGCCACAAACCUUCACCACGCCUCAACCGGCGUCUUCUUGAAGUGCUUCCUCAACGCAGCUGUGAAGUUUGCUGCGACUCCGGUUGAGAAGGGCGCUCUCUCCCAAAUCUGGGCUGCGGUCAGUCGGGAUACGAGGAGCGGGCAGUAUUACGGCCCCGUUGGCAAGGCGGAAUCGGGAUCCAAGUUGGUGCAGGAUCAUGAACUCCAGGAGAAGUUGUACAAGUGGAUUCAAAACGAGCUUCAAGGGCAUGUAGAGACGAUCCUCUAA